CGUUGGGUGUCCUGGCUAUGUUAAACCUGCGAUCACUCGGUUCAAGAGAAGAGAUUAGAAAUUAGUCAGAAUCGUGUAUAUGGUUAAAUUUCUCGGUAGAGGUAAUUAGUAAUUACCGUGUUGCAAUAUUGAAAUUAAUCAACACAAGACAUAAUAAUGAUCUUGUUGGAGAUACACAAUAGGAUAUUAGAAGAAACGUUGAGUAAUAAAAUAAAAAAUGCUCUAUCCGGUCACAAGCCAGAGUCUACAGAUGUUGUUAUAGCAGAUUUUGAUGGAGUUCUGUUUCACAUUUCUAACUUGAGUGGCGACAAGUCAAAAAUUAGAAUAAGUAUUUUACUUAAAUUUUAUAAACAAUUACAAGAACACGGGGCUGAUGAAUUACUUAUACGUGAAUAUGGACCUUAUCUUAUAGCCCCUGAAAAUGGUUACAAUGUCUCUGUAUUGAUAGACCUGGAAAAUUUGCCUGAAGAUUGGGAAUCAUUAGUUAAAAAAGUUGCACUUUUAAAAAGACAUUGUUUUGCCAGUGUUUUUGAAAAGUAUUUCGAUUUCCAAGAAGAAUAUUACGAUUCACCAGGUACCCAAUUGCAAAAAAGGGCUGUUAUUCAAUACAGAGACGAAGAAACAAUGUACGUUGAAGCCAAAAGUGAUAGAGUAACAGUGGUAUUUAGCACAAUAUUUAAAGAUGAAGAUGAUAUGGUUAUUGGAAAAUUAUUUUUACAAGAAUUGAAAGAAGGCAGGCGUGCAAGUCAUACAGCUCCACAAGUUUUAUUUAAUCAUCGUGAACCACCAUUAGAAUUACAAGAUUCUGAAGCAGCUGUUGGAGACUGCAUUGGAUACAUUACAUUUGUAUUAUUUCCAAGGCACACGAAUAGAGAAGCUCGCGAUAAUACUAUUGAUUUAAUACACAUGUUUAGAAAUUAUUUACAUUAUCAUAUUAAAUAUAGCAAAGUUUAUAUUCAUUCAAGGAUGCGCACCAAAACAACAGACUUUUUAAAAAUAUUAAAUAGAGCAAGAUCUCAAUCGAAAAAUACUGAGAAGAAGACCAUUACGGGUAGAACGUUCAUCAGAAAGGAAUGAGUGUAAACAUAAAAUUAUAUUCCUUAUAUUGUUUUAAUAAAAGAUAAAUGACAAAGCUCUCAUUUAUCAUAGAUUUGCUAGAAAUUUUUUGAUCUUCUGGCAAGAAAUAUUGUUUGUAAUGAAAGAUUCUAAUUCAUCAAAUUAAUGGGUUAAAAGCUGUCAGUCUUUGAGUCUUACCACUCAUUGUCUUUGAACAGUACAGUGUUCUUUAGAAAAGUUUAUAUUACUGUAAACAUACUUAAAAUGUAUGUGCAGUAACAAAACGCAUGAUUAAAAAACCAUUUUAUAUUGAAAUUCUUAAAGUAAUAUUACAAGAGUGCAUAAAGUCUUCGAAGAAAUCAGGGAAUACAUAGUCUGUUUGUGAAUAAAGUUAAAGAAUAUCCUGUUUUACUACUUCUACAUGCAAAAUGUGAUCUUAAUGCUAUUGAUUUUUAUGAUCAAAGAUACAGAAUCGCAUGUUCUAUUUUUUUAAACAUUUUUUGUGUUUAUUAAUUUCAUGAAAAUUGUUACUUUCUAUAAACUCCACGUAUAACGAUAAUGUUUAAAAUAACAAGGAAUACGUGGAUUUUAUAAAGUAAUACUGAUGUAUCAUUUGUAUGUUUAAUAACGUAGUACCAUCUUUUUUGAUAAAUUAUUUUUAUUAGUUAUAUUUUAUUGUCUCUCUCAUUAACGUAUAAUUGUAAGAUAAUAAAAGUAUUAAUUCUAUAAGUGAUGUAAUUAUCAAACCUUUGUUUGUAUUAAUCGAAAAUAUUGAUCUAGUUACUAUGAAAAUUAGUACUAUUGAUUUGUAAUCAGCAAAUGGAUGUUAGGGUUGGGAGACAAGCUGAAGGUGAAAACUAGGAGUGCCAAAUACGGGUAUUCAUUAAUAACCACACUUCUUUAUUUAACACCGACACAAAAGCUACAGUAUGUGCCUCUUAGAAUUUCAGUUAUGCCUGUUCUUUCAUACAGUACGCCACAUAUUCUGUUUAAAACUUUUCAUUGUAUUAAUUAUUCUUACGAUUAAAUGAAAAAGUUUUCAAUGUUAA